AUGCUUCUUCUCGGACUCCUCGCCCCCCUCCUCGGCCUUGCCGCCGCCGCCCCCAGCACUCCCAACCCGAGCAAGGUCAGAAUCCGCGGCGUGAGCCUCCUCGGGAGCGGUUGCCCUGCUGGCACCGCCGACGUCCAAGUCGAUGCCACCGGCACACUCUUCGAGGCCACCUUCUCCGUCUACGAGGUGCAGACUGGCCCGGGCACCCAGGCCAUCGACUGGCGAAAGAAUUGCAAGCUCACGCUGAACAUGGAGUUUGACCACGGAUUCCAAUUCUCCAUUCUCGACACCGACAUGAUUGGAUUCGCAGAGAUCCCCAAGGGUGCCAACGGCAAGUGCACCAACACCUUCUCCUUCACCGGAAACCCCCAGAUGGUCAACUAUGUCUUGAACCUGCCGGGCCACUACAGCGGCAACUUCGACCUCCAGUCCCGCGCCGGCAUCGAGUCGUGGUCGCCCUGCGGCGGCAGCACCGCGAUCCUCAACAUGAACACGGCUUGCGCCAUCACCCCGACACACCUGCCUGCUCUCAUUGCCGUCGAUCACAUCAGCGGCAAGCUCAGGGUCAAGUUUGCCGUCCAGUGGCGCAGAUGCGCCAAGUAA